AUGACGAAUGAUAAUGAAUUUCAACCAGAUCUAUCCGAAAAUGAAGAAGAAAAUAGUAAAUCAUCAAAUAAUGAUAUUGAUGAUAAUUUAUCUGAAUUAUCAUUAUCUUCAUCACCUGAAUUAGAUUUACAAGAAAAAGAAAUUCAAAAUGAUGAUAUUUCAUCAGAUGUUCAUGAUCAAGUUAAUGAAAUUCUUCAUAUUAAUGAAAAUAAAAAAGAAGAUGAUCUUACUCAAUUUAUAAUAAAAGCUAAAGAACAAAAUUAUAAUUGUCUUGAUCUUUCAAAAAAAAAUAUUAUUGAAUUUCCUCAAACAUUAUUAGAAUUUCCUUCAUUGCAAUAUUUAUAUUUAGAAGGUAAUGAAAUAACACAAUUACCAGAUGAUUUAUUUCUUCGAUUACCAAAUUUAAAAUGGAUCGAUCUACGUAAUAAUAAAAUCACUCAAAUUCCGAGUCUUGGUCUCGAUAAAAAUCAUUCAUUACGAUAUUUAUUAUUAAGUGGAAAUUUAAUUCGAACAUUACCUGUUCAACUUGGUAAAGUAAAAGGUUUAUCAGCUCUUAAUCUUGAUGGUAAUCCAUUAGUUCAUCCACCAUUGGAAAUAGUUAAACAAGGUAUAAAAGCAAUUCAACAAUAUUUACGUAAUGAACAUAUUCGUCAUUCAAAAUAUGAUUCUGACGAUGAAAAUUAUGAUGAUGAUGAUGAAGAACAACAAACAGAUAUUAUACAAGAUGUUUGGGCAUCAUCAGAUGAUGAUAAUGAUGAUCAACAACGACGAAUAUCAAGAAAAAUAAAAAAAAACAAUCAACCAACAAAAAUAAUAUCAAAUGAUCCAGUGGGAGAUACUUAUGCAGCUCGAGCACGUGAAGAACAACGACUUAUACGUAUGAAACAUCAUAAUAUAAAAAUUAAUGAAGAAUUACAAAAAGUUAAAAGUAAAGAAUUAUUAUAUGAUUGGAAAGAAAAUUAUCGUUCUAAUCAACAAAAAUUACAUCGAAAACGUCUUAUUAAAGGCAAAGACUAUCAAGAAGCAGUCGUACAAGCUCCAUUCGGUAUUGAUCCUCAUUAUAUUUCUGUUAUGGACAAAGAUCAACAGGAAAUGAUCGAAAAAGCAAUCAGAUAUGAAAGUCGACGUAAUCGUUCACCUGAAAGUGCUAUGCGAGAAGAAGAAGAAAGACGUAUACGUGAUCGACAAGUUCAAGAUCGUAUACGUGAAAUAACUGGUAAAAUACUUAAACGUCGUGGUGAAGUACGAGGAAAUGCAUAUGAAGAAAAACGUCAAGCAGAAUUUGAACUACGUGAAUUAAGAAAACUUGAAUCAGAAGUUAAACAACGUCGUACUCAAAUCGAUAAUCGUUUUAAAGCAUAUACUGGCGAUGUAAAAGCUCGUAAAAAAUUAUAA